CAUUUUUGGUACGCCGUGCAGGAGAGGCGUUGGCGACCGUUGACCAGUGUUGCAGUCUCCCUCUCUUCUACAUCUUAUCCAUUUUCUUGUUCCAUUCUUUCCUGGUUAUUCGUCUCUCUCUCUCUUUCUCUCUCUCUCAACAGGUACGAAGGAAUGACAUAAUUGGAUUGCCCAAUUUCUCUCAAUCCCACUUCUAUCACUUGCUCUCCUAGAAAAGACUAGUCAACAGGAGGAUGGAAGAAUCCUCAACCAUUCUUCUUGUUGCUUUUCUUGUAAUAUGUUGUGCAAGUCAAGUGAGAUCAGAGGCGUCAAAUCAUCGGUACAAAGCUGGAGAUCCAGUUCCUUGUUAUUCCAACAAGGUUGGACCAUAUCACAAUCCUAGUGAAACAUAUUCUUAUUAUGAUCUUCCCUUCUGUUUACCAGAACAUGUGAAAGAGAAGAAAGAAUCUUUAGGUGAGGUGUUGAAUGGAGAUCGGCUUGCUUCUGCUCCAUAUAAAAUUGACUUUCUAGUAGAGAAGGAUGCUGAACUUGCAUGUAAAAAGAAGCUGAAAAAGGAAGAAGUUUCUCAGUUCCGAACUGCACUUGCACAAGACUACUACAUUCAAAUGUACUUUGAUGACAUGCCAGUUUGGGCUUUCAUUGGACAAGUUGACCGGCCUUAUUUAGCUGAAAAAAAUGACUACAAGUACCUCCUUUUCACACACAUGGUAUUUGAAUUUCUUUAUAAUAAGGAACAUGUGAUUGAGAUCACUGCUCGAAUAGACCAAAGUUUCGUGAUAGACCUGACCGAAGAUAAGGAAGUCGAUGUGGAGUUCACGUACACUGUGAAAUGGAGGGAAACAAACAUUCCAUUUGAGAAGAGGAUUGAGAAAUACUAUUCAUCUCCUACACCGCAUCAAUUGAGAAUACACUGGUUUGCCGUGAUGAACUCGUGUUUGACAGUUCUCAUCCUACUUGGCUGUUUGGUGAUGUUUUAUGUGCGAGUCAUCAAGAAGGAUAUCAAUAAGUAUGCAAAUGACAAGGAAUUGCUUGAUAAUCAAGAGGAAACAGGGUGGAAAAACAUCCAUGGUGAUGUUUUUCGGUAUCCAAAGCACCAGUCGUUGUUUGCUGCAGUUGUUGGUUCUGGCACCCAGUUGUUCAUUCUUACGGUGUCCAUUAUAAUGCUAGGACUAGUUGGAGUAUUUUAUCCAUAUUGCCGAGGAACUUUACUGACUGCAUUGGUGGUUGUGUAUGCAAUUACAUCUGGGAUUGCAGGAUAUACAGCAGUUUCUUUAUAUUUCCAACUUGAAGGGACCAAUUGGGUGAGGAAUUUAUUGUUGACAGGAUACCUUUUUUGUGGGCCUCUACUCCUUACAUUUUGCUUCCUUAAUACUGUUGCCAUCACAUACAGAGCAACUGCAGCGCUGCCACUAGGAACGAUUUUGGUAUUGUUCUCGAUAUGGAUGCUUGUAGCAUCACCAUUGCUUUUUUUGGGUGGAAUCACUGCAAAAAAUAGUAAGUCUGAGUUCCAAGCUCCUUGCCACACCACCAAGUGUCCUAAAGUGAUUCCUCCACAGCGUUGGUACAGGGGUAUUCUUCCCCAGAUGGCAGUGGCGGGCAUAUUGCCUUUUGGUGUUAUCUACGUUGAGCUCUACUAUUUGUUUGUUAGCGUAUGGGGUCUCCGGGCUUACACCAUAUAUGCCAUCCUGUUUAUUGUUUUCAUAAUUCUUGUCAUAGUAACUGCUUUUGUGAAUGUGGCUUUGACAUACUUUCAGCUUGCUGCCGAAGAUCAUGAAUGGUGGUGGAGGUCUUUUCUUUGCGGUGGAUCAACAGGCUUGUUUAUCUAUGGCUAUUGCUUGUACUAUUACCAUGCACGGUCAAAUAUGUCUGGAUUGCUGCAAACAUCAUUUUUCUUCGGUUACAUGGCUUGUGUUUGCUACGGCAUUUUUCUUAUGCUUGGUACCAUUGGUUUCCGUGCUUCAUUACUCUUUGUUCGUCACAUAUACAGCUCUAUCAAAUGUGAAUAGCCGACCACUAUUUUAAGAUGUGUUCUUCCUUAUUUUCUUCCAUAUGUUCAGUUAUAGAAAAGGCUUAGUAUAAGGGUGAUUUUGAGAGUGCUCCAACCAACCAUCAAGAGCAAAAGAAGCUAGAUUCUAUCUUAUACAUGCCUCCUAGAUAUGAGCUCUUCUGUGAACUGUGAUGUGCAUUGGCUUAAAGGUUUUGCUAGUUUUGGGGUUGGUAUUUGUAAUCUAUAGAAAUUUUAUGUAAAAUGAAAUUGAAAUUUUACUUGAGGAAUGACUAUAAUAUAACAAGAGGUAUGUUGUGGCAUUUGUAAAUUUAAUAUAAAAAUAUAGCCUUAUUGGGUUA